AUCGAUAGCAGGCAAAUACAAGUUUUUUUUUUCUCUGCUGGCUUGUGAAAAAUUUUCUGUGUGUACCCAGCGACGCAAUUAAUACAUAAGUGCGCCACAGAUAAAUAGGAAUAGACGAGAUUAAAUUCUAGUAACCGCUACAAAAUAUACACUAAGAGGAACAACAAAUAAAGAAAAUCAUGCCACGAUAUCGCGAAUGGGACUUGGCCUGCAAAGUUUACGUGGGCAAUUUGGGCUCAUCGGCCUCCAAAUAUGAGAUUGAGAACGCCUUCAGUAAAUACGGCCCGCUGCGCAACGUAUGGGUUGCUCGCAAUCCGCCAGGCUUUGCCUUUGUCGAGUUCGAGGAUCGACGCGAUGCCGAAGACGCAACUCGCGGUCUUGACGGAACUCGCUGCUGUGGCACACGCAUCCGCGUCGAAAUGUCCUCCGGCCGUUCACGCGAAGGUCGCGGAGGUGGUGGCGGCGGCGGCGGUGGCGGAGGAGGUGGCGGCGGCGGUGGCGGACGUCGUGGAGGUCGCAGCGGCAGUGGUGGCGGCGGCGGUGCAGCCGCUCGGGCAGGCGACGCUGGCGGACGCUAUAGGAUAAAGUCUACUUCUACUACAAGCACAACAAGAACAACAACAACAACAGCUACUACUACUACUAGAACUUCUACUACUCCUCCUCUUCCUUCAACAAGUACAACAACUACUACAACAACAACAACAAGAACAACUUCACGUCUCAUAACUACUACAACAACAACAAGAACAACAACAGCUCCUGCUCCUCCUAUUACACACAUUUCACCACCACCAACAACAACAACAAGAACAACAACACCACCAAAACCACCACCAACAACAACAACAAUAACUACAACUAUAACAACACAACCAACAACAAAAUUCUGCGGCUUUCUGAUAAAUGCCAAUUUCAACAAAUACGAUAUAUUCCGCUGACUGCAAUAUAAUAACCACAGCAACCAACCAACCAACCAACAAGAACAACCACAGCAUUUAUGCUACUCCUCUCAAGCUCUUUACCAGCAUCUAUAUAUAAAUAUAUUAUAUAUGGCAAUGUUUAACAGCAGAGGGCAGUGUCCAGGUCAUCCAAUUGCAGCAAGCAGCAUCCUCAACAAGCAACAUACAUCACACUCAACACAACACACAAUCAACACACACUCACUUGUUUCAUUUAACACAUCUACUAUCUCUUUCUAUAUCAUAUUCACUCUCACACAAAUUCACAAUUGACACGAUCAACCGAAGCGCAAGCGAGUGAGCAGCAGUCAGUCAGUCAGUCAAUCAAUCAAUCAAUCAACUGCCAGCCAUCGUCGCAUCUUUUCACCAACAACAACAAAUACAACAACAAUCUUCAUACUUCAUCAUAUGCUUCUACAACAACAACCAUUCGCUCUCACAUAUUAACAAACUACAACAACAACAACACUAUCAACACUAAACAGCAAGAACAACAACAACCAGAACCAACAACAACAACAAUAAGCAAGCAAGCAAGUGCAACAACUGACCCAGCAAAAGCAAUGCAAGCAAAGCAAUCAAAAAUCUAACUCCAAUUUACACCACCAACCAAGCAACCAGUCAAUCAACCAACCAACCAAUCAGCCAAUCAAUCAAUCAAUCAGCCAAUCAAUCAACCAAUCAACGCUUCCAACAGCCUACUACUACUAUGUACAACAACAACAACAACAACUACCUACUACUACUACUAUGUACAACUGCUACUACUUCUACAACUGUAGAGACAAGAAAACAACUGUAAAAAUGACAACUUUGCAGUGUCUUCAGACUUCAGUCAGACGCCUCUCAGCGUGCGCCCGGGUUGCUGCCUCUCUCUCUCUCUUUCUCUCUCUCUCUCUCUCCACAGCUCAACUGCUUCUUUCAUCCCCAACUACUAUAUACAUAUAUAUAUCGGUAUAGAGAUAUAUAUAUGUGUUUAUCUGUAUAUAAACAUCAUCUUCUCAUCUUCAAGCAGCCUCUACAACCAACCAACCACCACCAACAACAACAACAACUACUACUACAACUUCAAGAACAACAACAACAACUACUACAGCUACUACAUGCAUCAACAAUGCAACAAACAACCCGAAAAAAAGAAAAGAAAAGCAAACAAGUUCAGCUUUAUGAGGUUUUCCUUGUUUCUUUUCAUUUUAACUUUUGUUGUUGCUCUUUGCUCCUAGAUAUAUCACCUCAGUCUUGCACCAACAACAACUACAACAACCACACAACCACAACUACAACUACUACCACCUCUCUUCCCCUCCGGGUGUGGCUUUUUGCCCCAAAUAACAAUUAAUGACCAGCUCGAUCAGCAUCAAUCGAAAAAAAAACUUCAUCAAAACCAAAAAUUGAAGCUUCAAAUUAAUUUAGCUGAGCCAGCGCUUCAUUCUCCACAAUAUUCAACUAGUGCUUCAACUACUACUACUACUACUACUUCUUCACUCCUGCUACUGCAACUCCAACUGCAACUUCAAUGCGAACUGUACAACAACAACAACCACCACCACCACCAAUAUCACCAACCACCACCAACAACAACAACAACAACCACCUUCGAAUCUUUCACGUAAAGCAACUGCAAGAAGCGUAUGUAAAAUUGCCAACAAAAUCCAAAAAGGAAAAUCAUUUGUAUAAUUUCUUCUUUUGUUAAUUAUUGUUACUUUUGUUUUUGUUAGUUCGUUUUGUACAUUGUUGUUGUUCUCCUCUACACACACACAUGCUAAUUGUCUGCUCUUGUACCACAACGACAACAACCACCACAAAAAAAGAAAUACGGCGUCAACAAAGAGCGCAACAUCCAAUUCAACAUCGACAACCUGGUGGAGAUAUUGCAUCCUCAUUCAGCAUUCAGCUCGUUCUUCUUCUUCAGCUCUCCUUCAGCUCUCAACUUCUCUACAACUCUGCUACUGCGUGCCCCUCUUCUGCAGCUUCUACAGCUACAAUUCUUCACCUGCGCCUGUGUGUGUGCGUGUGUGGCUGGCUUACUUGCAUCAAAAAAACAAAAAACAAAAAAAAAAUCAAUCCAGCAACGCCACCAACCACCACCACAACAACAACAACAGCCACUUUCCACAAUAUUCAAUCGAUUGUCAACUGAACAACAACUACAACAGUCUUCUUAGCCUGCUCUUCUCAUCAAUCAAAAAAAAAAAAAAAAAAAAAUGUUGCCACCAACCAACAACCACCAACCACCACCACUAAGACCACCAACCACCACCACCACUAAGCUACUACUUUAAGUAUGCCACACCAACUGCUUUCGUAACCGGGGCCUCAAAUAACUGCAUAAAAACAUAUCUAUAAAAAAAAAAAAAACAAAAAAAAAGUUGAUCAAAUGAAAAAAAAAUCACAAAAAAAAAAAUGAAUGUAUUGAAUGCCAGCCUUAGUGUUCAGCUCAGCUCAGCUCAACUCAACCAUCACAACAAACAACCAGAAGCAAUUGAAAGUAAAAAAAAAAAAAAAAAAAGUGUCGAACCUCCUCUCCAGAAGGUGGAGGAGGAGGAGGCUGUUACUCUACAGCAAAUUGUUUAAAAAUCGUUAUUUAAAUGUUCAACGCCAAGUGUAAAAUUCUAUUUAAUUUUUUGUAUUUCUCUCUCUCUUCUCUCUCUUUCUUUCUCACACUCUUGCUCUCUUUCUUGACCUGUUUCCCAAAAAAAAAAAAACAUUGCACCCGCCCUGCCCCCCAAAACCCAAUUUCAUUGCAGAUCACGUUCUCCAAGACGUUCUCGGACCCGCAGUCGCAGUUUCUCACGUGAUCGUCGCAGCCGCACCGACUCUAGGGAUCGGCAUUAGAUGCGAAUGCCACACAACAUAACACCCAAACACACACACACACUCACCCGCCACUAUAACUAGACACAAACACAGACACAAGUUUGUGGAAUACUAAUAUUUCCUAUUGCAGCCCAAUUUCUUGUUUUUGUUUUUUUCUUUCUUGAUUAGUUCUUGUGUAGAAUCGUGAGAAAAAGAAAAGGAAACCCACAAAAGAAAAUGCUAAUUUAAUUAAUAAUUAUAUAUUUACGUUGUAAAGAAUCCAAACGCAAACACACAAUCCUGAAUCUAGAAAGUUGGAUGUAUAUUUAGAAUGUAAGUGCAUAGAUCGUAAAAUAAUAAGAACAAACCAGAAAGAAGAGAAAAUGGAAACUAAAACACUCAAAUUACAAUUACUAAAAACAAAACUACACAAAAAACAACAAA